GAGAGCCUUUUUAAAAAAAAAAGAAAUGUGAAAAGACUGUUUAGAUAAUUUACUUCCUCUCCCAACAGUUUGUGGGUGAAAUUAGGGACACCCUGGCUGCGUGUUUGUAACAUCUAUCCUCAAUGAUCAUCCAAGUGUGUGACAUUGCUGACUUUACCAGGAGGCAGAAAAUGAGCCUCAGGCUCUGGAUACCCCAAGAAAUGAGCAAAUUGGGCCAUCUGGCUACAGACCUGGUAGCGCCAUCCCAAGCCGCUUGAGCUCUCAUGUUAAUGAAAUAGCAGCCCAGAGAAGCGUGGUGACUUCAAAAUGGCUUUCCACGUGGAAGGGCUGAUUGCCAUCAUUGUAUUCUACUUGGCCAUCCUUCUUGUUGGAAUAUGGGCUGCUUGGAAAACCAAAAACAGUGGCAGCGAUGGAGAUCGGAGUGAAGCUAUAAUAGUUGGUGGAAGAGACAUUGGCUUGCUGGUGGGUGGAUUCACCAUGACUGCUACCUGGGUUGGAGGCGGUUACAUAAAUGGGACGGCUGAGGCAGUAUACCUCCCAGGUUAUGGGAUGGCCUGGGCCCAGGCACCCAUUGGAUAUUCUCUUAGCCUGGUUGUAGGUGGCUUGUUCUUUGCAAAACCCAUGCGUUCCAAAGGCUAUGUGACCAUGUUGGACCCUUUUCAGCAGAUAUAUGGAAAACGGAUGGGAGGGCUCAUCUUCAUACCUGCUCUGAUGGGUGAAAUGUUCUGGGCUGCAGCCAUCUUUUCUGCAUUAGGUGCCACCAUAAGUGUGAUCAUUGACAUCAACGUCAAUAUUUCAGUUGUUAUUUCUGCCCUAAUUGCAGUUCUCUAUACACUGGUGGGAGGUCUUUAUUCAGUUGCUUACACAGAUGUGGUCCAACUGUUCUGCAUAUUCAUAGGCCUGUGGAUCAGUGUUCCAUUUGCCAUGUCCCAUCCUGCAGUAACAGAUAUUGGGUACACUGCUGUCCAUGAAGUAUACCAAGAACCUUGGCUUGGAUCAAUUAAAACACUUGACCUCUUCACAUGGUUUGACAAUUUCGCCUUACUGAUCUUUGGAGGAAUCCCCUGGCAAGCGUAUUUCCAGCGCGUCCUCUCUUCUUCCUCUGCCGUGUAUGCUCAAGUGCUAUCCCUCCUCGCAGCUUUUGGAUGUCUUUUGAUGGCAUUGCCUGCAAUACUCAUUGGUGCAGUCGGAGCAUCAACAGAUUGGAACCAAACUGAUUAUGAAGGCCUGGAUCCCAAAUCAGCAAAUGAAGCUGACAUGAUUUUGCCCAUAGUCCUUCAGUAUCUCUGCCCAGUGUACAUCUCCUUUUUUGGCCUCGGGGCAGUGUCCGCUGCCGUUAUGUCCUCUGCUGACUCUUCCAUCUUAUCAGCAAGUUCCAUGUUUGCACGGAAUAUUUACCAACUUUCAUUCCGGCAAAGUGCAUCGGACAGAGAAAUAGUUUGGGUCAUGCGUAGUACCAUUUUUGUGUUUGGAGCUUUGGCAACAGCAAUGGCCUUACUCACUCAUUCAGUGUAUGGACUCUGGUACUUGAGCUCGGACCUGGUGUACAUCAUCAUCUUCCCUCAGCUCCUGUGUGUCCUUUUUGUCAAAGGAACGAACACAUACGGAGCCAUUGCCGGAUAUUUGUUUGGCCUCCUGCUCCGAAUCACUGGAGGGGAACCGUAUCUACAGUUGAAACCCUUGAUUUUCUAUCCUGGUUGGUACAAAGACAAUGAUCGAUACGUUCAGCGAUUCCCUUUUAAGACCAUGGCCAUGCUGACCUCCUUCCUCACGAAUAUCGGCGUAUCCUACCUAGCAAAAUACUUGUUUGAAAGUGGCACUCUGCCACCCAAACUAGACCUUCUGGAUGCUGUCGUGGCAAGGUACAGUCGCGAGAACAUGGACAAGACGACGCUUGUGAAAAGCGAGAAUAUUGUCCUCAAUGAGCUGGCACCUGUGAACCCUCGACACAGUUUGUCUCUGAGCUCCACCUUCACAAACAAAGAGGCCCUCAGUGAUCUUGACUCGAGCCCAGAGGUAUCCGUUGCGGAAGAUAAGUGACAGGGACCCAGCCAAAGAGAAAUGCUGCUUUCACACACCCCACAGAGGAACAGGGUAUGCCAGAAGGGGAGUUCAGAGGCUUUUCUUAAAAAAAGAAGAGCAAAGAGGAAAUGGAGAGGAAACAUCAAGCCACUGCACAAUCCUCUUAGUCCAUCUAUAGGAACAGGAAUAGUCUGUGGAAUAAAUUGUUACGCCUAUUA